UUUUUAUGCCACAUACGGCCGUAUCUUAUAAACAUAUUCGCAGCCGGCAACGUGAAGCAAAACAAGCUUUAUUGAAUCAAUUGCGUUCGAACGUUGGCGCGGUUCGGAAGUGCUUCACAUUUCAUUCAUAAACCAGCUGUCGUAGUGCAUUAAAUUUCUUUCAUUGACGGGAAAACAUGGGAAAAGUGUUCUUCGGACAAAUCGUACAUUCCAAAUCGUUCGAUGAGCUGGAGGUGAUCGCCGAUGGAUACAUUGCCGUAAAGGAUGGAAUAAUUGUUUCCGUGGGGCCCAAAUCAAACUUCGAAUCGCUCGCCGACAACGGCUCGUACGAGAAAAUCGUUUUAAAUGAGACGCAAUUCCUGCUGCCGGGUUUUAUCGAUUGCCACAUCCACGCCCCACAAGCCCCAAACAUUGGCCUCGGCCUGGACAAAGAUCUGCUGGGAUGGCUCAAGUCGUACACGUUCCCGCUGGAGUCGCAGUACAAGGACGUUGCGUUCGCUCAACAGGUUUACAGCGCGGUGGUUCGCGAUACGCUCGCAAGUGGGACUACUUGUGCGUGCUACUUCGCCACCAUCUACAAUGACAGUAACAAGGUGCUGACGGAUGAAAUUGUGCGUCAAGGACAGCGGGCUUUCGUAGGCAAGGUCUCGUCGAAUCGUUUGUGUCCGGACUAUUACAUUGAAUCCGGAACGGAAGAUUCCGUACGAGAGAACAUCGAGUUCAUCGAAUACGUUCUGGAGAAAAAUGUAGAUCGAGUUAAACCAAUAAUCACGCCCAGGUUUGCAAUCACAUGCGACAUGGAGUUACUGAAAAAGCUGGGAGAACUAGCGGAACGGUACAACUUGAACAUCCAGUCGCACAUUUCCGAAAACUUGGGUGAGGUAAAUACCGUCAAGGAAAUCUUCCCGAAGAACAAGCACUAUUCGGAUGUGUACGAUGAGGCCAAUCUUCUUACGAAACGCUGCGUAAUGGCUCAUGGAGUGCAUCUUGAGGAUGAGGAACUGAGUAUGCUUAGUGAGAGAGGCACCUCGAUUGCGCACUGUCCUUGUUCGAAUACCAAUCUGGGCUCCGGGUUGUGCGACGUCAAGCGACUGUUGGCUGCCAAUGUGAAAGUCGGACUAGGAUCGGAUGUGUCCGGAGGAAACAGGAUCGCUAUCUACGAUGUGAUGCGAGCGGCUUUGGAUGUUUCGCACCAUCUGAAUAUGAUGAAGAAACAGGAUGUUAAGGGAACUGGAAAGGUGUCUCAAUCGAAAGCGAAUGAAGAGUACGUUCCAUUGGAUUACAAACAGGUCGUUUAUUUGGCAACGCUCGGAGGAGCUGAAGCUAUGGCCAUCGGCGAAAAGGUAGGCAAUUUUGUCCCCGGCAAGGAAUUCGACGCCCUGCUCAUCGACGUAUCCGUGUACCCUACGAACCGAUAUCAACUGCCAGCAGCACUCACGAAAGAUAAAACCCCAGCAGAGCUGCUACUCGAACUUGUCCAAAAGUUCGUCUACGUCGGCGACGAUCGAAACAUCACGAAAGUGUUCGUUGCCGGUCAGCAGGUCAAAUAGUGCUUCCGCACAGCAACGAACCUCGAACCUGGACCUACCGCGACGCAUACCGAAUUCCAUCAUCGACGGAAUUGAAUCAAAACAAUUGAAUUAAACAUAUAUUUUUAUGUCUCUGUUUUAUUUUGUUAUGAUGUAGACUUUUAAAGUCCGAAAAUAAAUAUGUACAUUAUUCAAUCACGAA